AUGACUUACCUAUCCUUUAGGAAAGGUUGGUUCUGGUCCCCUGUCCCUCUGCCUGGCUAUAGUAUUGGCUAUAAUGGCCCAUGGCUGGGCAGAACCAUCCAGUCCCUGCUGAGUGGAGUUAGGGGGGUAUGUGAGGGCUAAGCCCCCCGGGAUGAGGCAGUCUGGCUGGGGGAACAGGGUUCAGCGCAAGUCCCUUAACCUCCAGACUCGGCCUCAAUCCUGGGGGUUACGACGGUCUGGAGUGGCCGCUGUUAGAUGGUAAUGUGUGUGUGUCCAUGGUUUUGUAAGUGCGUCAUUUGUCAGUUUGUCUAUGUGGGAUUGUUGUUGUGGUGUGUCUUUCACAUUAUGUAUGUGUGUGUGUGUGUGUGUGUGUGUGUUUUGGCGCUGUGUGUGUCUGUUCUAUUUUGGGUGAUAAUACCAGCUGUUUGAUAACAGUACCCAGGGGGUGUGGCCAGAGCUACAGCUAAAUGCACUGCUAAUCACACAUGAAAGGGCAAUGAGAAGGUGUGUGUGUGUGUGUGUGUGUGUGUGUGUGUGUGUGUGUGUGUUUCCCACUCAUCUCUCUUGAUUUGCAGGUUGAGCCAAAUGCCACUAUUGGGGAGAUCAAGUCUAUGUUCCACAAAAGCCGUGAGUACGACGUUAGAUUGACAUUACACAGCAGCACAUUCUACUACAAUUAAAUUAACUUCAAUACACAGUAUUUAAAUUAAAUAAAGCUAAAGAGUUGACCCCCAACCCCACCCCACCCCCUUGUCUGUGUAUUCGUCUUGACUCUCUGUCUGGUCUCCCUCUCCCUCCCACCCUUGUCUGUUUGUCUGUCUGUCUCAGAUCCUCAAUGGUACGCAGCUAGACAGUCCAUCCGCCUGGACCCAAGUAAGUCUAACUCCAAACCAUUCUUCUGAUUUUCAGAGUCUGUAUGAAGACAGUGGUGAUAUCUAUAGUAGUGAUGGUAGCAGGCUGGUAGAGGAUAAGACAGUGGUGAUAUCUAUAGUAUAGUAGUGAUGGUAGCAGGCUGGUAGAGGAUAAGACAGUGGUGAUAUCUAUAGUAUAGUAGUGAUGGUAGCAGGCUGGUAGAGGAUAAGACAGUGGUGAUAUCUAUAGUAUAGUAGUGAUGGUAGCAGGCUGGUAGAGGAUAAGACAGUGGUGAUAUCUAUAGUAUAGUAGUGAUGGUAGCAGGCUGGUAGAGGGUAAGACAGUGGUGAUAUCUAUAGUAUAGUAGUGAUGGUAGCAGGCUGGUAGAGGAUAAGACAGUGGUGAUAUCUAUAGUAUAGUAGUGAUGGUAGCAGGCUGGUAGAGGAUAAGACAGUGGUGAUAUCUAUAGUAUAGUAGUGAUGGUAACAGGCUGGUAGAGGGUAAGACAGUGGUGAUAUCUAUAGUAUAGUAGUGAUGGUAGCAGGCUGGUAGAGGAUAAGAAUUGAUCAUGCAACAUGGUUGUGGGGCCGUUAUUGAUAUUAGAAUUCUCUCUUCUCCCCUCUCUCCUCCUCUUUUUUCCUCCUCUCUCCUCUCUCCUCCCCUCAUCUCCUCUCCUCCUCCUCUCCUCCUCUCUCCUCCUCUCUCCUCCUCCUUUCUCCUCCUCUCUCCUCCUCUCUCCUCUCCCUCUCCCUCUCCCUCUCCCUCUCCCUCUCCCUCUCCCUCUCCCUCUCCCUCUCCCUCUCCCUCUCCCUCUCCCUCUCCCUCUCCCUCUCCCUCUCCUCCCUCUCCUCCUCUAUCAGAGGGUAAGUGUCUAAAGGAUGAGGAUGUACUGCAGCAUCUUCCUGUGGGAACCACGGCAACCUUCUACUUCCGAGACCUGGGAGCUCAAAUCAGCUGGGUCACCGUGAGUACACACACACAAAAGUGUAUGUGUAUUAGUUUCCUCCUGACCUCAGUGCUAAUUUGUUUUUGGUGAGGGUCACUAUUAAAGCCCCUGUCACAUUAACUGGGGGAGAGAGAGACGGAGGGAUGGAGUGAGGGAGAGAGAGACGGAGGGAGGGAGACUGACUGAGGGAGGGAGAUAAAGGACAGAGCACCAAGUCUGGGACCAACAGGACCCUGAACAGCUUCUACCCCCAAGCCAUAAGACUGCUGAACAAGACCGCUAAAUAAAUAGCUAUCUGGACUAUCUGCAUUGGACUAUCUGCAUUGGACUAUCUGCAUUGGACUAUCUGCAUUGAACCCCCUUUGCACCAACUCUUUAGACUCAUCACAUUCACUGCUCCUACUGUUUAUUAUCUAUCCUGUUGCCUAGUCACUGUACCCCUACCUAUAUGUACAUAUCUACCUCAAUUGCCUCGUAGCCCUGCACAUAGACUCAGUACUGGUACCCCGUGUGAAUAGCCAAGUUAUCAUUACUCAUUGUGUAUUUAUUCCUUGUGUUAUCUCUGCAUUGUUGGGAAGGUCCCGUCAGUAAACAUUUCACUGCUAGUCUACACCUGUUGUUUACCAAGCAUGUGAUUUGAAGGGGACAGGGAGUGCAGGAAAGAGAUUGUGUGAGAGAAAGAAGGGGACAAGCACAGUAAGAAGAGAGGACAGACAGACAGACAGGGAGGGAGGACAGACGGAGGGGGAGGGAGGGAGGGAGGGAGGACAGACGGAGGGGGACGGAGGGGUUACUGUCGGUUAGGCAGGAGCAGGUGUGUAAAAUGGAGACAGAUAAAUGUAUCCUCCCUGGCUGGCUGGCUGGCUGGCUGGCUGGCUGGCUGGCUGGCUGGCUGGCUGGCUGAUUGGCUGGCUGACUGGCUGACUGGACAUCUGUGUGUACGACACAGAAACCCCAGUGUUCCACUAGGAGGAGGAGGAGAGCUGUGGGCAGACUAGAGAGAGGGACUAGAGAGAGGGACUAGAGAGAGGGACUAGAGAGAGGGACUAGAGAGAGGGACUAGAGAGAGGGACUAGAGAGAGGGACUAGAGAGAGGACUAGAGAGAGGGACUAGAGAGAGAGACUAGAGAGAGGGAGAAAAGUAAAGUUAUGUUUUGUAAGUUCUUCAUGAUGACAGUAGUAACAGUUUAAAAUGUCUUUGUCCUUUGCUGCUCAGACAACAGGGUUUAUGAAUGAUCUGAAGCUCUGACAACAGGGUUUAUAAAUUAUCUGUAGCUCUGACAACAGGGUUUAUAAAUUAUCUGAAGCUGGGCUAUAUUAUACUGAACAAAAAUAUAAACGCAACAUGUGACAAUUUCAAAGAUUUUACUGAGUUACAGUUCAUAUAAGGAAAUCAGUCAAUUGAAAUGAAUUCCUCUCUCUGUCUCUCUCUCUCAGGUGUUUCUGACAGAGUAUGCCGGUCCUCUCCUCCUCUACCUGAUGUUCUACUUCCGGGUUCCCUUCAUCUACGCCCCCAAAUAUGACUUCACCACUAGCAAGCACUGGGUUGUACAGUGAGUCACACACACACUGGGUUGUACAGUGAGUCACACACACACACACACUGGGUUGUACAGUGAGUCUCACACACACACACUGGGUUGUACAGUGAGUCACACACACACACACACACAUACUGGAUGGUAACACACACACACUUCCUUCUAUUCACAGACUACGGAAAUAUUUGAGUGAAACUGCAAUGAGCCACUUGUUAGAUGUGAAUCAUAUUUGUCUGCUAGUUGAACUCUAGUUGAUAUGAGCUACGAAUGGCAGGAAUGAAGAGAACCAUUGUCUUUGGUCUCUGUGGUGAGUGUCCUGGUGCAUGUUGGGUAAUGUAGUUGUGUGUGUGUGGUCCCAGUCUAGCCUGUAUGUGUCACUCCUUCCACUACCUGAAGAGACUCCUGGAGACCCUGUUUGUCCAUCGCUUCUCCCACGGAACCAUGCCGCUACGCAACAUCUUCAAGGUGACACACACUGACGCAUAUACACACACACACACUCUCUCUCUCUCUCUCACACUCACUCACUGACUGACUGACUGACACACCACAGCCUUAGGUGCCCUCUUACCUCAUCGUGGUGGUGUGUCACCUUACACAUACCUCAUCUGGGGAACCCUAGCCAGUCUCUUGAACCCAGGGUGACCCUGCUGAGAGAUUCUGGGAUCAUCUGACACUGGCCGCAUCCCAACUGGCACCCUAUUUCCUAUGUAGUGCACUACUUUUGACCAGGGCCCAUGUGGUUCUGGUCAAAAGUAGUGCACUAUAUAGGGAUUAGUGUAAUGGGCCCUUGACAAAAGGUAGUGCACUAUGUAGAGAGUAGGGCGCGAUUUGGGACGAAGCCUGUGUGUGACAAUGUGUAUUCUGUCUUCCUGUGUUCCAGAACUGCACCUACUACUGGGGCUUUGCUGCCUGGAUGGCUUACUAUAUUAACCAUCCUCUAUAUACACCACCUAGUGAGUACCCUACUAUAUUAACCAUCCUCUAUAUACACCACCUAGUGAGUACCCUACUAUAUUAACCAUCCUCUAUAUACACCACCUAGUGAGUACCCUACUAUAUUAACCAUCCUCUAUAUACACCACCUAGUGAGUACCCUACUAUAUUAACCAUCCUCUAUAUACACCACCUAGUGAGUACCCUACUAUAUUAACCAUCCUCUAUAUACACCACCUAGUGAGUACCCUACUAUAUUAACCAUCCUCUAUAUACACCACCUAGUGAGUACCCUACUAUAUUAACCAGCCUCUAUAUACACCACCUAGUGAGUACCCUACUAUAUUAACCAUCCUCUAUAUACACCACCUAGUGAGUACCCUACUAUAUUAACCAGCCUCUAUAUACACCACCUAGUGAGUACCCUACUAUAUUAACCAUCCUCUAUAUACACCACCUAGUGAGUACCCUACUAUAUUAACCAUCCUCUAUAUACACCACCUAGUGAGUACCCUACUAUAUUAACCAUCCUCUAUAUACACCACCUAGUGAGUACCCUACUAUAUUAACCAUCCUCUAUAUACACCACCUAGUGAGUACCCUACAAUAUUAACCAUCCUCUAUAUACACCACCUAGUGAGUACCCUACUAUAUUAACCAUCCUCUAUAUACACCACCUAGUGAAUACCCUACUAUAUUAACCAUCCUCUAUAUACACCACCUAGUGAGGACCCUACUAUAUUAACCAUCCUCUAUAUACACCACCUAGUGAGUACCCUACUAUAUUAACCAUCCUCUAUAUACACCACCUAGUGAGUACCCUACUAUACUAACCAUCCUCUAUAUACACCACCUAGUGAGUACCCUACUAUAUUAACCAUCCUCUAUAUACACCACCUAGUGAGUACCCUACUAUAUUAACCAUCCUCUAUAUACACCACCUAGUGAGUACCCUACUAUAUUAACCAUCCUCUAUAUACACCACCUAGUGAGUACCCUACUAUAUUAACCAUCCUCUAUAUACACCACCUAGUGAGUACCCUACUAUAGUAACCAUCCUCUAUAUACACCACCUAGUUAGUACACUAUUAUAGUAACCAUUAACCAUCCUUGUCUUUUCAGCAAUCUAUGGUGAGCAGCAGGUCAGGAUGGCCCUCAUCAUCUUCCUGGUAUCUACUGUUCUAUACUCUACUAUAAUGUACUCUACUGUACUAUAAUAUACUCUACUAAAAUAUACUCUACUAUACUGUACUAUACUAUAAUAUACUAUACUGUACUAUACUAUAAUGUACUCUACUAUAAUAUACUGUACUGUACUGUACUGUACUCUACUCUACUCUACUGUACUAUACUAUACUGUACUAUAAUAUACUCUAAUAUGCUAUACUGUACUAUACUAUACUAUAAUAUAAUCUACUAUACUGUACUCUACUAUACUGUACUCUACUAUAAUGUACUAUACUGUACUCUACUAUACUAUAAUGUACUAUACUCAUAGUGUAUACUAUAGUAAUAGAACACUAUUGUAAUAAAAUGUUAUUUAUUAGAUGCUGUGUGUUGUUUGUCUUGCCAGUUCUGUCAGAUUGGUAACUUCUCCAUCCAUAUCGCCCUGCGGAACCUCCGCCCACCAGGUACACACUCCUAAUGAAUAUUCCAACAUUGUAAUACAUCAGUCAAUUCAACAUACACACUAUUUUCUCCCCGUCUGCUACAAAAUAGUAGCACACAGUGAACUGAAUCUCUCUCUCCCUGCCUCUCCCCGUCUCUCCAUCCAUCUCUUUCUCUCCCCGUCUCUCCAUCCAUCUCUUUCUCUCCCCGUCUCUCCAUCCAUCUCUUUCUCUCCCCGUCUCUCCAUCCAUCUCUUUCUCUCCAUCCAUCUCUUUCUCUCCCGUCUCUCUCCCUCCAUCUGUCUCUCCAUCAGGAUCUAAGACCAGGAAGAUCCCGUACCCCACUAAGAACCCCUUCACCUGGAUCUUCCUGCUGGUCUCCUGUCCCAACUACACAUACGAGGUGAGUCUUCUACCCCUAGGUACAGAUCUAGGAUCAGCAGACUGUCCCAACUACAACUACUCCUCAGUGUGACGCUGCCCUCUGCUGGUUAGGAGGAACAGUGUCUAACAUGUCUCUCUCUGUGUAAUAGUUAGGCUCAGGGCCACCUAGUGGCUGAGGUUGGCAGUGAAAUUCUAGCGUGUGUGUACUGUAUAUUACGCAUAUGUGUGUGUAACACCAUCGUUCUCUUUGUCCCCUGUAGUGUCUGCCCAUAGCCCCUUUAGUAUGUGUGUGUAACACCACGUCUCCUCUCUCUCUCCUGUAGCUGGGCUCGUGGUUUGGUUUCACCUUGAUGACUCAGUGUCUGCCGGUGGCUUUCUUCACGGCGGUGGGCUUCAUCCAGAUGACGGUGUGGGCCAAAGGGAAGCACCGCAGCUACCUGAAAGAGUUCCGGGACUACCCUCCUCUCCGCUCGCCCAUCCUCCCAUUCGUCCUCUAGAGGAGAAUGGAACCCCCUCGCCCCAUCCCAAACCUACUCUACACUGGAUUGGACUGACCUGGAAUGAGAGCCCUGUCCCCCACCCCUCGCCCCAUCCCAAACCUACUCUACGCUGGAUUGGUCUGACCUGGAAUGAGAGCCCUGCCCCCCACCAUCAUCCUCCAAUUAAAACCCUACCCCCCUCCACCCCAAACAUUUUGAGGAGACUGUCUUAUACUAUACUUUCCCACCCAGAAGUUUCUGCCUAACAACGCUCCUCAAACCACUUUUGAUUGGCUAUUGUUAUUUUUCUUUUCUCUGAGCUUUUUGGCUGUUUUAAAUAACCUGACUGACAGUCUGGCAUGUCCCAAAUGGUACACUAGUUCCUAUGUAGUGCAGUACAUAGGGACUAGGGAGCCAUUUGGGACAGGGUCAGUGUGUAACAAGGUGUAGGCCUAAGUAUAACAAUACCAAAACCUCUGAUCAGAAAGUGCUAAUAAACCAUGACACACUUUUGGUCGUUCUGCUGGAACUUUCAUUUUUGUUGUCUGUAGAAGUCAUUUAUUUUUUUAAAGAAAUACCAAACCAUGUCUUCUUGUUGGGUCUAUGUACUGAUGACAUAGGCUACUGUUACUACACUGGAGACUAAUACACCGGAGACUAAUACACACCACACUGUUACUACAGUCGUGGUCAAAAGUAUUGAGAAUGACACAAGUAUUGGUCUUCACAAAGUUCGCUGCUUCAGUGUUAUGAGAUAUUUUUGUCAGAUGUUACUAUGGUAUACUGAAGUAUAUUUACAAGCGUUCCAUAAGUGUCAAAGGCUUUUAUUGACAAUUACAUUAAGUUUAUGCAAAGAGUCAAUAUUUGCAGUGUUGACCCAUCUUUUUCAAGACCUCUGCAAUCCGCCCUGGCAUGCUGUCAAAUGACUUUACCCCAGUCCUCAGCAGUCCAAUCCCUGUACCUUUUGCAGAAUAUCAGUCUGUCCCUGAUGUUUUUCCUGGAGAGAAGUGGCUUCUUUGCUGCCCUUCUUGACACCAGGCCAUCCUCCAAAAGUAUUCGCCUCACUGUGUGUGUAGAUGCACUCGCACCUGCCUGCUGCCAUUCCUGAGCAAGCUCUGCACUGGUGGUGCCCUGAUCCCGCAGCUGAAUCAACUUUAGGAGACGGUCCUGACGCCUUCUUCACAACAAUUGAACCUCACUCCUUGAAGUUCUUGAUGAUCCAAUAAAUGGUUGAUUUAGGUGCAAUCUUACUAGCAGCAAUAUCCUUGCCUAUGAAGCCCUUUUUGUGCAAAGCAAUGAUGACGGCACGUGUUUCCUUGCAGGUAACCAUGGUUAACAGAGGAAGAACAAUGAUUUCAAGCACCACCCUCCUUUUAAAGCUUCCAGUCUGUUAUUCUAACUCAAUCAGCAUGACAGAGUGAUCUCCAGUCUUGUCCUCGUCAACACUCUCACCUGUGUUAACGAGAGAAUCACUGACAUGAUGGCAGCUGGUCCUUUUGUGGCAGGGCUGAAAUGCAGUGGAAAUGUUUUUUGGGGAUUAAGUUGAUUUUCAUGGCAAAGAGGGACUUUGCAAUUCAUCUGAUCACUCUUCAUGACAUUCUGGAGUAUAUGCAAAUUGCCAUAAUCAAAACUGAGGCAGCAGACUUUGUGAAAAUUAGUAUUUGUGUCAUUCAUUUCGCCUUCCGAGUGGCUCAGUGGUCUAAGGCACUGCAUUGCAGUGCUAGCUGUGCCACUAGAGAUCCUGGUUCGAAUCCAGGCUCUGCUGUAGCUGGCCGCAACCGGGAGACCAAUGGGGCGGCGCACAAUUGGCCCAGCGUCGUCCAGGGUAGGGGAGGGAAUGGCCGGCAGGGAGGUAGCUCAGUUGGUAGAGCAUGGCGUUUGCAACGCCAGGGUUGUGGGUUCGAUUCCCAUGGGGUAUGAAAAUAAAAAAGAAUAAUGUAUGCACUAACUGUAAGUCGCACUGGAUAAGAGCGUCUGCUAAAUGACGUAAAUGUAAAUCUCAAAACUUUUGACCACGACUGUACACUGGAGACUAAUACACAACACACUGGAGAUAGGGACCAUAUGAUGCAAUGAACACUAAUGCAAUGCAUUGCUAAGGCUGCGUUUACACAGGCAGACCAAUACUGAUCUUUUCUCCACAAAUUGGUCUUUUGACCAAUCACAGAUCGUUUUCAGAGCUGAUCUGAUUGGUCAAAAUAACAAUUAGUGAAAAAAAAAUAGCAGAAUUGAGCUGCCUGUCUAAACCCAGCCUGUGAUAGGGACAGAAUAAUACAUUACAUUCAGAUACUAUUCGGUUGAUGGAUCUAGAUUCUAGCUGAUCUACUGUAGGUGCAUGGAAAGAUUGUGUCAUCCUGAACGACCAUACGGAGGAGUGCACAUUUCAAUAUGAUCAGCUCCCCUCUUUAAUCAUUAUGAUCUAAAAGGAUAACCUGAUCCUAGAUCACUACUCCUACUCUGAGACACUUUAUGAAUACAUGCCCUGGACUAUCUGAAGGUUCCACAGCUUUUUGCCCUGUUGAACGUAGCGCAGGCAGGGCUAGUGAUAUAAAGAAACAAACUAACCUAGGCCUGGAUCCAAUCAGAUCCAGCAUUAACCGGCGCUAGCAGACACCCACAUAGCUGAUGUUUUGGCGGUGUCUGAGGUGGAACUGCGUUAAAGCGGUCAAAUCCACAAGCAGCUCCGUGCGAUAAGGCCGGUUAAGGCUAUCGCAGACCGCCAUUGGAUGUAACGAAAUGUAGCGCUCGAUCUGAUUGAAUCCAGGCCUAAAUGUUUGGCCGGGAUUCAAUUCGACCGCGGGUUGUUGACAAUGCCUCUUUUAAAGGCUAUUUUCCGAUUGAGCCGGCAUAUGCAGCAUUUACCGGGAAUGAGAUCUCUACGAACGUGGGAACAUCGCUUUUAAAAGCUGCAUUGUCGACAACCCACUGUCAGAUAGAUAGCUGGCUCAGACCCUGCUAUGACGCAUACCCCACAGAACGUUUUGCAAAAAGAAAACAAACAAGAGUUUCUAUUGGACAGAUUCGGGUAGGUCCCUCCCCGUUUGGUUCCGUUGGCUUCUGUGUGCUUCCUAGUGAAUACACCCCAGGCUAGUAACGUACCAGGAAACAAACAAAGAAACAGAGAUGGCUCAGCGCUAGAGUAGUAGAGCUCAAAAGGUGGUCUUUAUUGUGGAGAGCAGCAGGUAUGUACACAGAAGGGUCAGGGGUCAUUAUGAUGAUGAUGCUCAAGCAGCCUGGGCUUCCUCCACCCUCUUCUUCCUCAUCUGCAGCCGUCGCUCCCGCUCGUACUCCUUCAUUCGCAUCACGUAGCUACACACACACAGACAGAGACACAGGAGAGGGGUGUUCAAGUGGAUUUGAUGGGGGAUUACCUCAGAUGGCAAUACUACUGCACCAAGUCUGACAACUCUAUACACGUGUGAUCAUCCCAGACACAUGCAUCAACUCUCUCUUUGAUAACAAUACAUGCCAUUUUGCACUUCUAGAGGAUGGUUAAUUCUCUAAGCUGCGUGCAUGUGCAGCCGCUCACCUCCUCCAGGACAGCAGAGCAGAAGUACUGCCAGCCGGUGCUCAGACUCAAGACAUUGGACUUCACUGAGUUCACCCCCAUUAGUUUGCACUAUAUAGAUCAACGUUUUUCCUCUAACGUGAUCGAAUCAACAUAUCAGCCCCUUUUCAAUGCAACCAAACAAAUCUUAACUUUGCAAGAUUUGAGUCUGUGAUUUUGUUGUAGGCAGAGCCAGUCUCAUGGAAUGUAGGCCUGCUCAGAACACCACCUAUAGGUUACUGUAGGAUAUAUCAUAGAAAUCAAAAGCUAUUCCCAUGUGAAAAUGUUUUGGGAUUUGCUCUAUUGAUAGGCCACUCUGAUAGCCGAUUGGCUGCUGUGGAAAACUGUAAAAGGUACAGCCUCAGUGUUCACUGUAAACGCACACCGGAAAGUUGCACAGGACUGUCAACUUUCCGCUCACAAGUCUUGAACUUUGCUCAGUGCCCCAAAAAAUUACAGGGAACAUUGGACAUGACCCCAGUGCCAGUGGGAUUUGAAAUCACUGCAACCAUAAAGUGUGGCCAGGAAAGCCAGAAACAAACUCCUUGUGCUGCUAAACCGCUACCUACUCCUAUAACCAGGUAGACACUUACUCCUGGUGAUGCUAAACCGCUACCUACUCCUAUAACCAGGUAGACACUUACUCCUGGUGCUGCUAAACCUCUACCUACUCCUAUAACCAGGUAGACACUUACUCCUGGUGCUGCUAAACCUCUACCUACUCCUAUAACCAGGUAGACACUUACUCCUGGUGCUGCUAAACCUCUACCUACUCCUAUAACCAGGUAGACACUUACUCCUGGUGCUCGCAGUAGUCCCAGUCGUGUCUCUCGUGUUUACAGGCCAGGAAGUUGGGCCAGUUGUCCCUCUUACACUUCAUGAGCUUGAUGAGGUGGUGGGCGCAGUAGUCCCUCUGGAGUACAGGGACCUGGGCCAGGUUCAUCUGGGCCUGGGAGGCCACCAUCUCUACCAGGGGGACAAGAUAACAUGUUACACCAGGGGUUAA